UCUUCACCGAAAACAAAAAGGCAUGAAAAAUAAAAAAAUAAAAAAUACUAAUCUAAUAACAGCCGAUCCUGAUUUGUUUCCCGUCGAUUUCUCAGCGGGAAGUUCCUCAAGUUCUACUCUUGUCCUUAGCUAAUGGACAAAUCCGACGUAGAAGAAGAAUUUGCGCCUCUCUUCGAUUACAGCGGCGUCCACUCGGCCGGUUUACAUAGCCUCAGCGAUGAUGACUUGGAUGAUUCUCCUGUGGUUUCGAAUGGGAGCCGGAAGAGGAAAGAUUGUAAGGAGGUUGUAAAUAUGCUUGACGAGGAGGGUGAGGACGGGGAUGAGAAGAAGAAAAAAGAAGAAGAUGAGGACUGGAUGCCUCCUCCACCCAAAAUGAGAUGCAUAAGUUCAGCUGUUUUUGAAGACAAUACUUUAAAAGCGUUGAGAUCAACGAAAGAGGAACUGGCAUCACUUGCUGAAGCAGCUAAGGAUCUGCUAAAUUCUGCAUCAGAAUUCGGAAAUAGUGAUGUUUGCAUCUUGGAAAAUUCAGCCGAGGAUACUAAAGAGGAUAAAUGUUUUGCAAAGGUUGAAAGAGAGAGAAUUGUGAUCUCAAUCCUCGAUGACAAGGGUGGACAGCAGCAGUUCCGGCUGUUCGUGGAUGACAAGUUUGAAAGGCUCUUUAAAACAUAUGCUGAAAAGGUGAAGGUGAAACCAGAAAGCCUCGUUUUCUCCUUUGAUGGAGAACGUGUGAGUCCUACAGCAACUCCUGCAGGACUUGGUUUGGAGAAAGAUGAUAUCAUCGAAGUUAACGUCUUAUCAUCAUUUGACCAGUGUGAAUGCGUAGAUAGAUAGAUUUUAACUUUUUAUUUUUUGCAAGGUUUAGUGAGGAGUUGAAGAUAAUCUCUGCUUAAUAGGGACUUGGCAUGUUUUAUAAAUUAUCUUUUUAUUGCUUUUUUUUUUUUUUAAAUUUCUGUAUGAACAGCUAAUUCUGAAGCAGUCAUUUGAAACUCUUCCAGUUU